AGACAUUGGCAUUUGGCAAUGGAUCUCCUGAAGCCAACCGCUGCAAACUCUCCUCCUCUUACACCACUAGGCUUCCUUGAACGAGCUGCCACCGUCUAUGGCGACUGCACCUCCAUCAUUUACAACACCACCACCUACACAUGGUCCCAAACUUACCGUCGCUGCUUACAACUUGCUUCCGCUCUCUCUUCCCUUGGCAUCGGACGACGGCAAGUCGUCUCUGUCUUCGCACCGAAUCUCCCCGCCGUUUAUGAGCUGCAUUUCGCCAUCCCCAUGUGUGGUGCCAUCCUCAACACCCUCAACACCCGUCUCGACGCCCACACCAUCUCCAUUCUACUCCGUCAUGGUGAGUCUAAGCUCAUCUUCGUCGAUUCAUCCUCUCGUUCCCUUGUCUUGGAAGCUAUUUCCUUAUUUCCACCCAACAUCACACCACCUUUACUCUAUUUCAUAAUGGAUGACGACGAUGUUCACACCUCAUCAUCACCCGCCGGUGAUGAUGCUAACCUCACUUAUGAAGGCCUAAUCGCGAAAGGCGACCAGGCCUUCAAGUGGGUUAGGCCAGAGACAGAGUGGGACCCGAUGGUGUUGAAUUACACCUCGGGUACCACCUCUGCUCCCAAAGGAGUGGUUCACACUCACCGAGGGCUGUUCAUCAUGGCCCUUGAUAGCCUGAUUGACUGGUCAGUACCGAAACGGGUUGUCUACCUUUGGACCCUUCCCAUGUUCCAUGGAAAUGGUUGGAGCUAUACCUGGGCUUUGGCUGCUGUUGGUGCAACUAACGUCUGCGUUCGCAAAUUUGAUGGAGCAGCAGUCUACGCUGCGAUUCGUCGUUAUCGCAUCACCCACAUGUGCGGCGCACCUGUUGUUCUCAACAUCCUUGCGAAUGAACCAAACCAGGAACCACUCCCAAACCCGGUCCAGAUUAAUACCGGUGGUUCACCGCCACCGGCCGUUAUCCUAUCCAAGAUGGAAUCGCUGGGUUUCAUCGUGACUCAUGGGUUUGGGAUGACUGAGACGGGUGGAUCUGUGAUCUCGUGUGCGUGGAAACCCGAAUGGGAUCGGCUACCCUUGACGGAUCGAGCAAGGUUGAAGGCCAGACAAGGGGUGAGGACCGCCGGCAUGGCCGAGGUGGAUGUGAUUGAUCCUGAGUCCGGAUUGAGUGUGAAACGGGACGGGUCAUCAAUCGGAGAAAUCGUUUUACGAGGUGGGAGUAUUACACUGGGUUAUUUCAAAAACCCGGGUGCAACAGCUGAGUCAAUGAAAGGGGGUUGGUUCCAUACGGGUGACAUGGGCGUAAUACACCCAGAUGGAUACCUUCAAAUCAAGGACCGAUUGAAGGAUGUAAUCAUAAGUGGUGGGGAAAAUGUGAGCAGUGUAGAGGUUGAAUCGGUUCUAUACUCGAACCCGGCGGUUCGUGAAGCGGCUGUGGUGGCUCGGCCACAUGAUUUCUGGGGUGAGACCCCUUGUGCUUUUGUAAGCUUGAAGCCAUUGGAAUCAAAUAAGCCAUCAGAGAAGGAUAUUAUUGAGUUCUGUAGAGCAAAGUUGCCGCACUACAUGGUGCCGAAAACAGUGGUUUUCAUUGCCGAGCUACCGAAGACAUCUACUGGGAAGAUUCAGAAGUUUGUGCUUAGGGACAUGGCUAAGGCUUUGGGUUCUUCUCCUAUGAGUAGGAUAUAGUGCUUUUGGGUAUGGAUUGUGGCCGGCUUUGU